AUGGGCUCCAGUGACAACUCCGGUCCCCAGAUCUUCGACGAUGCCAGUCGUACGCCCAAUAAGUCGUCCAUGUUUCGGGCCAUCAUGAAACCUCACAGAAGGAACCAGUCCGCGGAUGACGCGAUUACCUCUCUCCCGCUGCACCGCAGCAAGCCCUCGGGUACGAUCCCUCUGCCCUUUGGAGAAGAGGUCAUUCUGGCCCCCGGCCAGCUGCCGCUGGGCGAGAUAGCUCCCAACCGCGAUGCGGGCGACAGUGCCUUGCCAACCCCCAAAUCAAGCAAAGAGGCCAAGGGCCCUGGACACAAGAAGACAAAGAGUGCGGUUUCCUUGAAGUCUCUCAGAAACUACAUGGAGAGAAAGGACAGCAAAUCGGAGGAACCGGGCAACGAGGGGCCACAAGAGCUCAAGCCCAAGAAGACCAAAUCAUCCAAUAGUCUUUCCGCCAUGCUGAAACGGUCCCAGCGUGGACGCAAGGCGGACGGCUUGAAGCAGAGCCGUGACAAGGAGAACCGGAGCCCAACCGAUUUGAUCGAUAACAUGCCCUCCCCGAUCUGGGCACAGGAGUCCACGCCGGCCAGCCGGUCGUCAUCCCAACAGCCGUCGGCGCACAUGAGACGCAGUAUGGCUGAGGAGAUGUCUCUCUACAUGCCCAAGGGCUAUAGUCCCGCCCAGCAGCGAAAUUUUUAUGACUACCACCAACCGUCCCUCGCCAAGGUACCUGAUGGAAAGCCUAGACCCAAGUCGGACAACAUGUCAGAGAACCUUAAGAUCAAAGACUUUCUCGGAUCUCUGCAGCGUGGUCCCUCGGGUGAGAGCGAUGUUUCUAACAGCUCGAAGGGACACGGGCCUGACAGGGCCACUGCAAAGGAGGACUCUAACCCCAAGCGACUAUCUCGUGUUCAAGCUGCUAUCUCCGCGUUCAAUGCGAAGGAGAAGGAUACUGAUGUGCACAACCACCUAAACUCAAAGGAUCUUGAAAGCGAGUUUGAGAAAUUACUAGAUGCGAGGAAUAUCCCUCACAACAUGAGGGACAAGAUGCGGUCUCUUGAUACCAAUAUCAAGGCCGACUUCAUCCAAAAGGAUCGCACAGAAAAUGUUACGCCUCACAGCGCCGGCGGCACGGCUGAUGGCCGGCGGGGCCGGGGAAAUGAGUCCAAGGAGAAGGAAUCUCAGGACCGCAAGAGCUCACGCUCACGAUCCAGGAGUCGCGGCUUCAACUUCGGCAAAGGCUCUUCGUCGCCUACCAAGAAGCCUCGACCGGAGAGCGGAAGUUUCCAUCAUCGUCCCCGAUCUGUAGAUCUCUCUCAGCCCGUGGGCGUCUAUACGACUCUUACGCCCGCUGCAUCGACAACUUCUCUCUCUCAGGCCGCAGCAGUGGACACUGCAGCAGACCCGUCCGACUUUGUGCACUAUCUACGAGAGAUCCAGAAGCCGGAGAUGAUUGAAAUAGGGAAGAUCCAUAAACUACGUCUUCUUCUGCGCAACGAGACUGUUAGCUGGGUCGAUAGCUUCAUUGCAGAGGGAGGAAUGCAUGAGAUCGUACAGCUUCUCUACCGCAUUAUGAAAGUGGAAUGGCGAGCGGACCAUGAGGACACGCUUCUUCACGAGGCAUUGCUCUGCCUGAAGGGCCUCUGCACCACAUCUGUGGCCUUGGCGCGUCUGACAGAGAUCGAAGGCGAGCUCUUCCCUGCGUUGCUGAAGAUGCUCUUCGACGAGGAAAAGAAGGGCCCCAGCGAGUUUACCACCCGGAGUAUCAUCAUCAACCUUUUAUUCACACAGCUCUCUGUGGCACCGUCCGGCGAGACGGCAGCCAAUAAGGCAAAACAGCUUCUCUCCUACCUGCGCGAUCCUUUGCCAACAGAAGAAAACCAGCCAGUGGCCUUCAUCGCCAACAUCUACCAGUCGCGACCUUACCGCGUGUGGUGUAAAGAAGUCACCAAUGUGACCAAAGAAGUCUUCUGGAUCUUCCUGCACCACUUGAACGUGAUCCCGCUGGUUAAGAAGUCCAGUAAUGACCCCUUCACCGAGAAUCCACCAACGGAUACACGCCCCUUCCGCGAGCGACACUUCCCGCCUCCUCGCCCCCCUGUGCCGGCGGCACCGUAUGUCGGCGGUGUCGAGUGGGAUGCUACGAAUUAUCUCGCUGCACACCUGGAUCUUCUGAACGGAGUAAUCGCCUCACUGCCUACUGGCGAUGAGCGCAAUCAGUUGCGCGACGAGCUGCGCGCUUCCGGAUUUGAGAAGGUCAUGGGCUGCAGCCUGCGCACCUGCAAGGAGAAAUUCUAUUCUGCUGUGCACGACUGUCUUCGCACCUGGGUGGCAGCCGCUGCAGACGAUGGCUGGCCAUACACGCUCGUUCGCGAGGGCCCGCCUCGCAGCGGUGCUCCAGGCUCGCCGACCAAGUCUCCCAAAAAGUCUGCUCCCGGAAGUCCCCAAAAGGGUCUGUUCGAUGAGAAGCCGCCCAAGCUGGAGCUGGCUCUUGAUAUUUCCAACAACAGUCCUGCCAAAGGCCCAACGACCCCGUCAAGCGACCUGCGCAGCUGGCUUUGA